GAACCUAGACCUUUAUAUACUAAAAGGUGCCAGUAUUAUACAAGUGGAAUCGGAUACUUAUUUGAUGCCUACCAGACAGAGGUGACCUGUUAUGCCUUAAAUAACAAAUGCCAGCUGAAAGUGAAAAGUAAUACGUGUUACUGCUGUGAUUUAUAUAACUGUGAAAACUCAGAACAUUCUAUCAGCUAUUAUGAAUUCCUUGGUGUGAGCAGCUGUCAGGAUGUGGUUCACCUCUAUCGACUGCUUUGGUCAUCCACCGUCUUGAACAUCAUUGGCUUGUUCCUUGGCAUAAUCACAGCAGCCAUACUUGGAGCCUUUAAAGAUGUGGUGCCUGUUUCCCAAAUUGCCUUCAGCUCUGCUCCACCACCACAGAUCCUUUACAAUCCUGCUCAGCAGAUCUUGACAUAUGCUGGAUUUUGUCCUUCAGCAGCUUCUGUUCCUCAUUAUCCUACCUAUCACCUGCCCCUUCAGCCUACCGGCAAUUUCCCAACAUCUUCGUCUACUGAUGUAUCUUUAGCUGAUGACCCCCAGCCAUCUUCUCAGGCCAGCUGUAACCAUGGGGUGCCUCCUAAUGCUCCUCCAUUAUACACACCAGCCUAUUUCUUGUCAGGUGAAAAGCCUCCACCGUACGUACCGUAGCCAACAGAUUAUUAUCUACCUGUUUUUCAAAAGAAAAAUAGCUUUGGCAGUGAGAUCAAUGUAUGCUGACUAGGUUAGCUUCCAUUCAU